AUGGCUUCUCAAAAGAAAGAAAAUAGAUUAUUCAAUUUAACACCUAAUAAGUCAUAGCAACUUCAAUAAUCGACAUUUUUUUAGAAAGGUUAUGUUAGUUCUAAUAAUUUUCCAUAAAAAAUUGCUCCAAAUUAUUAAUUUAGUUAUGAAAGCAUGCCUAAAGUAAAUUGUCAUUAUCAUGUUGAUCAAUAUAUAACUAUGUUUUGUAGAUGUUAAACUUGCUAAAUGCCCUUAUGUCCACAAGUAUAGAAUUAUAUAAUUAAAUUAGUGUGUUAAGAUCCAUUCUCAAGAACAUCAAGCAUACAAUACAUAUGGAGAUUUUGAUACUCUAGAGAACUGUUUAACAGAAGUGUAUCAAUCUGUGGCUGCCAAUUGUAAUAGAUUUGUAGAUGAAAUGGGAUAAUUGAAUAAAGUAACAGCAUUAAAUGAAGGGAUUAAUUAUUAUAUGGAUAAAGUUAAAUAAGCAAGAUAAUAAUGCUAUUAAGUAAUUGAUAAUUUCUUUAACACCUUGGAAGCAGAAUUAGCUUAAGAAAUAGAAGGAAAUAGAGGAUUUAUGACUAAUCAAUCUUAGAACUUUAGUAAAUACUUGUAAUAAAGAUGGAAGACAUUAAUGAGUCUCUUGGAAAAACUGAAUACAGAUAGAUGUGUAAAGACUCUUGUAAAAUAUUACACAUCUAAUCUUCCUCAAGAAAAUGAGGAAUAUUAUCAUGAAUCUAAUUAAUUUAUGAAGCAGUUCAAUAAAUGCGUUCCUGAAAUCAUCUUAGAUUAAAGUGCAUUGUACGAGUUAAAUAUUGAUUUGGCUAAGUUUGUCUCUUUAAAAAAAGUCCCAGUUAUGAAGUAAGUAUCAAGAAAUCAUCCUUAAUAUCCUCCAAAUGAACCAAUAUAGCCAAUUUAUAAUUAAUUUAUACAGACAUAAUAAAAUCAAACUUUGAUGCCUAUGACAAGUGCAGAACCUCCUAUUGAGCCUCCAAAAUAGUAUCCAGUUAAAUAAGGAUCAUUCAAGUAGGAAUAAAGCCGUCCUAUUUAAUAAGAGAAUACAUAAAUUCAUCCGUAUUUAUUAACUCCUCCAAAAACGAGUAAUUUUUAUUAAUGA